AUGACUCAUGUUGACGCGCUGAGUCGUGCGCCAACCGAAUGUGAAACCGUACUCCAAGUCGACGUGUUAGAUGACGAUUGGUUGCUGACUAUGCAAUUGCAGGAUCCCGAUCUACAUACACUUUUGCACAUUGACCAUUUGGGUCCGUUUGUGAAAAGUAAGCGAGGGUACACCUAUGUUCUCGCCGUCAGCGAUGGCUUCACCAAGUACCUGAUUGUGAAAGCCGUGCGCAACACCAAAACUCUGCCUGUGUUGCAAAUGUUAAAUGAGGUAUCCAGUUAUUUUGGGCUACCCGCACGAAUUGUCACGGACCGUGGCACUGCGUACACUUCGAAGCAAUUCGCAAAAUAUUGCGACGAUAAUGGUGUUCAGCAUAUAAAAACCGCUGUUCGCACUCCCCGAGCUAAUGGACAGGUGGAGCGUGCGAAUCAAAUCAUCCUGAACUAUCUACGAACAACGACAACAGAUCCCAGAGACUGGGACGAGCAGCUACCUGCCGUAAUCGACACCGAUGUCAAUCAACCCAUCACUGAGAAACGAAACUUGGCGUUGACAUCCAUGCAAGAACAGCGUAACAAGUGGAAAGAACGGUUCGACCGAAAACAUAAAGAACCUACCACUUACAGUGUUGAUGAUCUGGUUGUAGUACAGCAUGAGCCUUCUGCAACUGGAGAAUCUCGAAAACUUGAGCCGAAGUACCGAGGGCCGUACGUCAUUGCUAAAGUUCUUGGUAAAGACCGAUAUCUGCUACAUGAUAUCGAUGGCAUGCAAGUGAGUCAGAAAAGAUAUUUGGGCACCAUUGCUGUGGCAUAUUUUUGGGAUGUAAUAGGACUGUAA